UGUAAGAAAAUGAGCAUUGCAUCCUGCGUGUGUGGAGGAAGCAUCUUAGGUAGUCAGGAGAGAGCUGCUUUUCACAGUUCAAAGCAUCGGAGCGCGCUGGAGAGGCGGGGCUGCCUGACAGUGACCCGGUUAGACGUAGAACAAGCGAGGCUCCUGUCUCCAUCCUUCCAGAUAGAGGGGGGAGUCUCUGUCUGAGAGAGGAAGCCACAAUGUCUGACUGCAGGAGACAGUGGAACCGGGAGGAUGAGCUGCCCGUCUACCUGGCGGGACCGAUCACCACCGGGCCGAACCAGAGGAAGAGCUUCGGCAUGUUCAGCUCCGUGGAGGGCGCGUUCGAGAGCAAGACCAUAGACUUCGACAGCUACGCGGUGGGGAGGAAAGGGAGCCGCACCCCGAGGAGCGGGAGCCGCGAGAGGCUCUUGGACGCCGGUGACCCCGUUGGGAAGACGCCCGGCGAGACCCGGGAGGGCUCGCGGUCCAACUCGCCUGGGGAGAGAGACGAAGGACGCCCCGGUUUGGAAGUCAGAUUUUCAUCAGGGGAUGAGAGCCAAAAUGGGGAGAGUGAAAGGCUGUUGAUCAAAGGAGGGCGGGUGGUCAACGAUGACCAGUCUGUCUACGCAGAUGUCUACAUUGAGGAUGGGCUCAUCAAGCAGGUGGGGGAGAAUCUGGUUGUGCCUGGUGGGGUCAAGGUGAUCGAGGCUAACGGCCUCAUGGUGAUUCCAGGGGGCAUAGACGUCAACACCUGUCUGAUGAAGCCCUACCUGGGAACACAGCCUCUUGAUGAUUUCCUCCAGGGCACCAAGGCUGCACUCGCGGGGGGCACCACCAUGAUCAUUGACCAUGUGACCCCUGAGCCUGGUGACAGUCUGCUGGAGGCGUUUGAGUUCUGGCAGGAAGCUGCCGAUAAGAAGGCGUGCUGCGAUUACUCCCUACACGUGGACAUCCCCCAGUGGAACGAGACGGUCAAAGAUGAGCUGGAGCUGCUGGUGCACGACAAAGGUAUCAACUCCUUUCAAGUGUACAUGGCUUACAAGGACGUGUACCAGAUGUCAGACUCUCAGCUGUACGAGGCGUUCUCCUUCCUGAAGCAGCUGGGUGCUGUGGUUUUAGUCCAUGCUGAAAAUGGAGACCUGAUUGCUCAGGAACAGAGAAAAAUCCUCGGGAUGGGAAUCACCGGACCUGAAGGCCAUCCGCUGAGUCGCCCAGAAGAGCUGGAGGCUGAGGCCGUGUUUCGAGCCAUCACCCUUGGCAACCGAGUGAACUGCCCCGUCUACAUCACAAAGGUGAUGAGCAAGAGUGCAGCCGACACUGUCGCCCAAGCCCGUAGGAAAGGUUCUGUCGUUUUUGGAGAGCCAAUCACAGCUUGCCUGGCCACCGACGGCUCCCACUACUGGAGCAAGAACUGGGCCAAAGCUGCUGCUCAUGUGACCUCUCCACCUUUGAGUCCGGACCCUACAACCCCAGACCACCUCCACACUCUGCUGGCCUGUGGGGACCUCCAGGUGGUGGGCAGCGCUCACUGCACAUACAGCACAUCCCAGAAAGCAAUCGGUAAAGAAGACUUCACCCUGAUCCCUGAGGGAACCAACGGAAUAGAGGAGAGAAUGGGUUUUGUUUGGGACAAGGCCGUGGCCAUGGGGAAGAUGGAUGAAAACCAGUUUGUGGCCGUCACAUCUACCAACGCUGCUAAAAUCUUCAACCUGUACCCUCGCAAAGGGCGGAUAGCGGUGGGCUCUGAUGCCGACGUCGUCAUCUGGGACCCUGACAGCGUGAAAACCAUCACUGGCAAACUGCAGCAGUCGGCUGCAGAAUUCAACAUCUUCGAGGGCAUGGAGUGCCGCGGGGGUCCGGCUCUGGUGCUGAGUCAAGGUCGGGUUGUUUAUGAGGAUGGCAAGCUGCAGGUUCAGCAGGGUACCGGCCGAUUUAUUCCUCGCAAGCACUUCCCAGACCUCCCUUACCAGCGUGUUAAAUUCAGGAACCAGGUGAAGAACAAACAGGGCGUCACUCGUGGGAUGUAUGAUGGCCCGGUGCAUGAUGUCGUUCCUACUCCUAAAUAUAUCACUCCUUCUCCGUCAGCGAAAAGUUCUCCCACCUCUCACCAACCACCACCAAUACGCAACCUCCACCAGUCCAACUUCAGCCUGUCAGGUAAGAGGGCCCAGAUGGAUGACAACAUCCCUCGUCGGUCUGGCCACCGUAUUGUAGCACCCCCUGGUGGCCGCUCCAACAUCACCAGCCUUGGUUAAAAUCAACCUGACUGUGCACAAAGUGUGUGUUUGCUGUGGGGUUUCACCUCGUGAGUGUGUGUGUGUGUGUGUGUGUGUGUGUGUGUAUGACUGAGAGUGUGAGCACUCUGACAUGAAUGAGAAAAACAUUGUAUAUGUACUCGUACAAUGGUCACAAAAUUUAUGAUUUUCAUCAGUUUGCCUUGAGUCAGAAGCACAUUAACAUUUCCAAUCAAAGAAGAGCGUGAAUUACAAUCAGCAGAGUCAUUCAAAGAUAUUACAAACUCACGAUCGGGGCACUCACACACACAUACACACACACACACAUAGGUUUGGGCCCCCUCCAAGCACCCAAAUGUGACCCCCAGUAUUGUGUCAAAAUGUUCGAUCCUUUCCUGUGAGCAUGACUUCUACAGUACUCCUCCUCCUCUCCUCCCUCGUCUUACUUUGUGAGUCUGCUCAGACUUGGUGCUCCUUCUUCCCAGCUGAAGAAAACUAAACUUUCCAACACCACGGCAAUAUUAGUUUUAAUGUGGCUCAAAAAGACGAGUUAGACAUACUGCAUGGACGCGUCUUUUAAUGUUGCACUACUUGUGGUUUGUUGUUCAAUGGAGGAACACUUUACACUCCAGGCACAUUUGUAUUCAACCGCACAGACAUACUCUUGUAUUGGAAAAUGUAUGCACACGAUGACACUCACUGUGGAUAGAGCCAGCUGUAACAUUCAAAAUUGCAUUUAUCCAUUCUAACUGUGAACUUCAAUAAACGCAACUUCCUCUAGACCACCAGAUACUUUAUGCACAGGUGUCAAUACUCUCCAAUAAAGUUUGAAAGUAGACAAACAGUUGAAACAAAUACAAACACAGCUGUGGACUGCAUCCUCUAGUUUGUUGUACCUACAUGAUAGAGUUUCACAUCAAGACUCAACGAUAUGUGUGAUAGUUUUCUGCCAAUCACCCAAGCAAGAAAUAGAUCUUUGUUGUUUAAUGACAUGCGCAACUCACUGCUGUAAAAAGGGCUUCAGCUCCCACCCUCCCUCUCUUUAAAACCUUUUUUUUAUUUUUAUUUGAUUGACUCUGGAUGUUUUAUUGGUACGGUUUAAUGUUUCUAUGCCACGCCGUUAUGUUGCUGUUGUCUGGUGUCUCCAAUGAAACCGCUAUAAUGAUCAAUAAAGACUCGACUGUUGUCAAAAGUUA